CAAGCCUGGCUGGGAUUUCCUUGGUCUGGGAUUUCUACACGUAACUGGAGACGCUCGAGACGUGCGUCUACCUGCUCACACUGAACCUUUGGAUAUUGCUGCUACUUAAAACGCAUCCGCACGCUUCACUCUCGUGGUCUUUUGCUUUUGAAGUGAACUGCGGUGUGUCUGAACUGCACGCCCAAGGAAAGACUCUUCCCCAAAGUUUAAAGAAGACUUUACAACUUUGGAGUUACGUGUACUAAGUGAACAUUGCGGUGAGUUCACUUGGUUUAUCAUCUGACAGAGGCGGACAUAUUCCUGUGGGAAAACUUCAAAGGCUUUAAAAAAAAAAAAAACAUGUUCAGCAAGUGCUCCGUUGUGUUAUUGAAUGUUCUUUCUUUGGUGCGGGUGCUCUCGGCUGUUGAGUGCACGCCGUGUAAUCUCCGGACUUGUCCUGUCAAAGCCCCGCAAAGCUGCGAAGGUGGCCGGACCUUGGCAAGGGAUCCGUGCGGAUGCUGUGACCACUGUGCCCGGCUGGAGUGGGAGCCAUGCGGCGGACAGGACUGGGCGCACGGGUACUGCGCCCUGGGACUGACCUGCGCCUCUGUUAACAAAACAGGAGCAGCCACAAUCCCUGAAACUGGAGUAUGUAAAGUGCUCCCUGGUCAUCCAGAGGCAGGCCUGGAGGACGAACGCUGUCCCCUGAUGACAGGAUGCGAUAGAGCUGGAGGUCAGUGUGUGUGCGAUGCCCGUCACUCUUGCUUGGGCUCUUUCACCUACCCAGAUCAAGAAACCUGCAUGAAAGCCGGUAAGUCAGAUGUUCGCAGGCACGAGCACCUGAAAAGACACCAAGAGAAGUAUGUGGGACCAUCCAACCGGGCCUGCAUGUUCUCUGGGUGUAACCUGACCGCCAAGGGUUGUGUGUGCGAGUCUCAGAGCUGCCACCACCACUUUGCCUACAUCAACCGCAGCCAGUGCCAGGAAGCCGCAGAAGAGCUGAGGUGUGCCGGACUGACGUGUCCCACUCUGCAGGUGCCCUCUUGCCCCAAGGGUUCGGUCUUGACCAAGAGUUACACGCCCCCUACUGGUUGCUGCCCCUCCAUACCGCCCCAGUGCACUUGCGACCUCCGUGCCUGCCGCAAGCCCCAGUGCCCAAGCGGACAACGCGCCGCGCCACUCAGCCAGGCCAGUGGCCGGCCAGGAGACUGCUGUGAUGUCUUUGAAUGCCAGAAAGUCUCUCCCAGGUGUGUCCACAAUGGGAAGGAGUUUUCCGAGGGCGAGGUGUACCGCAUGGACCCCUGCUGGCUGUGUCAGUGCCGUGGAGGAAUCUCCUUCUGCUCCAAGGCGGAGUGCGCUGAGCUGGAAUGUGAAAACUUCUACAUUCCUGAGGGCGAGUGUUGCCCUGUCUGCAUAGAUGUGGAGUUAUUGUCAAUGGAUAGCACUAAGGCCAGUUGCUGGGUGAAUAAUAAGCUGCGGGGCCAUGAGGAGCAGUGGAAAGAGGACGAUUGCACCUUCUGCCAGUGUGUGGAUGGAGAACCACACUGCACAGCCAUGGCCUGCAAACAGAGCUGCCAAUACCCUGUCAAGAUCCCCGGAGAGUGCUGUCCCUUCUGUGAAGAGCCUUCUUACGAAACAGUUAGCCCCAUGCUAUGCCCUCCUCUGGUAAACUGCUCCUUGUCAGGGAAUGACUGCCUCUACGGCUUCCAACAGGACAGAAAUGGAUGUCUGCUCUGCCAGUGUCUCAAUAACGACUCCUGCCCUGACCUGGGAAAAUACUGUUCACUGCAAUGCCCAAUGGGCUACAAGAAGGAUGAUUUUGGCUGUGAUGUGUGUGAGUGCAGCAUACCCGUGCAGAGGUGCCGACCUUUGGCCUGCACUAAGACCUGCCCAUAUGGAUAUGUGAGAAACAAGCAUGGCUGUGAGAUGUGUCGCUGUGUCAAGUGUCCUCCCUUCACCUGUGGCAAGCACUGCAGCGACGGCUAUCGGCAGAACAGAAAGGGCUGCUCCAUCUGCAUGUGUAAAGAAAGCGGCCAUGUCCCAAGCACCACUCCCCCGGCCCCGAUGCCCAGCUAUUGCCUCACCUCCAAUGGACACCGAUAUGAGGAAGGUGACGGCUGGCACGACGGUUGUCGUGACUGCUACUGCCACUCGGGAAGGGAGAUGUGUGUGCUCAUUUCCUGCCCCGUACCCAGAUGUUCUCACCCAGUUGUAAGACCUGACCAGUGUUGUCCUACAUGUGAGGAUGAGUCAGGCAGCGGUCUGCCAGAGGGGAUGGAUAUGGUGGUGUGCAGAGCACCUGGGGGGGAAUUCUAUGUGGAGGGGGAGACCUGGAACCUGGACGAGUGCACAAGGUGCACCUGCAGGAAGGGACGUGUCCUGUGCGACACUGAAGUUUGUCCACCGGCUCUCUGCCAAACACCAAUCAGAAACAAGAACACCUGUUGCCACGUAUGCCCAGAGGAGACACUAAGCCCCUUGCUGCCAGUGAACAACAGCCAGCAGGAGUACUGCAUAACCAGCGAUGGAGACGUGCUACUGGCUGGAGACUCCUGGAAGGCCAACGCCUGCACCAGCUGCACCUGCAACAACGGCACCAUUCAGUGUUUCUCUCAGCGCUGUCCGGCUGCCAACUGCAGGGUUCCCGUCUUACGCAAGGGCCAGUGCUGCCCACACUGUCUCGAAAUUACAACGUCGGUGCCAGUGAUAGUGUCUACCAACGCCCCCAAGACAAUGGUCCCUAUUACAGUGGAGAGUGCACUGGGGAUGACCACAGUCACUGUACCACCCAUCAUUGCUGAGACAGAUGAGCCAAGUUUGCGUGAGAAUUACCCCAGCCAAACAGAGAUGGCCGCCAUCUACCAAUCAGCAGCCUGGAUCCUGGCAGGUCUCCUGCUGGCUAUCGUCAUCGUUCUCGUCGUGGCAUUACUCAUCAACAAGAAAAAGAAGUGGGUGCAGAUGUCCUGCUACAGCGCACCAAAGAAGACUGUGAUGCUAAAGAAGCACGUAAACAAGAACUCAGUGGUCUACAUGGAGCCCUCCAAGGAGAACAAAUUUCAGAAUGUGAAGAAUGACUGCGGCAUCAUCCAUUUCUCUCCAGAAAUGAACUCCACCUGCGCAGACAAGAUGACCAUCCCAAGGGCCAAGCUGAGCAUGGGCAACGACUGGACAAAGCGCUAACAAAUAAACAAAACAAAAGACACACACACACACACACACACACACACACACACACACACACAGCCGAUCAGAGCUGUCCGGCACCUCCCACUCUGUCUUAUUGUUCCAUGGUUUAUAUUUAUAUAUCCAUGGUGAUUCGUGCAACAGCGCACACACCCAGCUUGGGUGCCACCGCCUUGUUCCCACCCUUCUGUCUUUGUGAAACUGAGGAUGCUCUACAAGAGACAAAGCAAGUGACCUCCGUUUCUUUUAAUAUAUUUCCAUAUUGUUCUGUGUUUGGAUCUCUGUGGUGGAGUGAGACGCUGGGAGGUGGAUGUACGGGUGGACAUAUAAAGGACACAGCCACUCCAGGCUCUGCUUCAAAACAGAGAAGGAGACAGCCAGAGAGGCUCCUUGGUCAGAAUCAGACUUUGACUGUGAACAUUGUAAUAUUAUUGCCUCCUUUUGAAACUGGAACUUUAAGGCAACAGAAGCAUAAAAAGCUUUAGGACAGGGAUUUGGGCUGUAGUUAAAAAGAGGUGUUGAGGUCGCUGCGCCCCUCUGAGUUCAGCGGUGCUUCGUGGACAUAACUGUUUUCAUCAGCAAGGAGGCCAAAGGAACUGAUAAUCCAAUUGGAUCAAAUUGGGUUCAGCAGCCAAAAUCAUAAGUCAACAGGCUUUGUAUAGACCCCCAGAUCAAACCCCCUGCUUUAGAAUGUGUGCUUUCCAUCUUAGUUUUUUUUUAUAUUUCUACAGUAUUUGUACUAGUAGUGUAGUGUUGUUUCUUGGCCAUAUCUCGUUUUUAUUAUCUGUGUCUUUUUGGGGCACGAUUCACACAAUCCUGCAAUCAAGUUCAGUAAGGGCCGCUUCCCAAAAAAACAGCCUAGUUUCUACCUUCACAUGACCUGAGUCAUACCAUUCAGAAAACUUUGACAACAAACAGUAAUUCUACCAACUUGAACGUAAUAUAAGGACUCAAGUUGUACUUUGUCAUUACAAAAAUUGCAAGUUCAAGUAGAGUGAUGUUCAUUCAGGAGGAAUGUCCUUUUAUCAACUGCAGGGUGGUGCCAGAUGCUUUAUCUGGACCUACUGUAUAUGGAAUGCCUUUGAUACCAUGCCUCACUUAAUAACUUCAUUCACAACUGUGUGUGAGAGUGUGUGUGUGUGUGCCUGUGUCUAUGUGUGUGUGUGUGUGUGUGUGUGUAUAGCUACUUUUCACACUGAAUGUUAGCGAUAGUAUUGAUUUGUUUUAAAGCCUUAAUUCUAUAGCCUUAAUGCAUAAUGUUUUCAUUGACUAACUGUAUUUGCCCAUAUCAUGGAAAAACAGUAAUAUACUGUAUUCAGUCAAUGUUAAGAUGAACAGAUGUUCAUUGUUGUACUGAUGCUUCUCAUUAACUCUUAAUUUACAAGUGAAUUAUGUGAUGUGGAAGAGUGUAAGGGGAGCUUGCUAGUAACUGUACCUAAUGGUACACAUUACAGAGCAUGUCAAAGAGACAAAGCACUUUUCUUUGGAGCCAGUGUUUUGUUUUUUUCCCAGAAAGCUCCCUGCAGGAUUCUUGUAGGGAUAAAGUCCCUAAUCAGGGAUUUGAUAGGCAUAUUAAGCCCACGGAGAUGUUAAACCACUCAAGUGAACACGCUCUUGCAGCUAGAGGCGAUCUGAUCAGUACGGGGGGUAGGGGAGGGGAGAUAGAAUCUGAGAAGCAUUACAAAACAAACUGGGGUUUCAUAAGAAAAUGUUUUGGAUCAGUGUUCUCAAUCCAUUGCCAAUUUCUCAAUACAAAGACCUUUCUGAUGCCAAAAUUGGUUGGACACCAAUUCAUAUUGAAGUGUUUUAGUAGCUCAGUAGAUAUGUGUCUGUUUGAAUCAUGACCAUGUGCUUUAAAAUGAAGAGGCGACUGUAAAGGCGUACGCAAUUCUUUGUUCUUCUAUGUGUAAAAAAAGUAGUUUAAAUUAGUAGGACAGAAGAGUACCUUAUUUAUUUUUUCACAUAGCUUUAUUUAUUAAUACUAUAGUUUGAGAUUUGUUUUUCGUUGAACUUUUGGUAGCCAAAGCUGCUGUACAUUGUAGACUAUUUACCAUUUCUAUCUGCUAUAUUCUAUACAACCUUAUUUAUUUCACUGUUGAAAAACCUGUAAAUAUGUUUCCUAGAUGAUGAACUGUAACAUUUACACUUAUUCUGAAAAAUAAAUGUGUGAACCAAA